AUGUCAUAUACUUCAGCGGUCGAUAUUUCAAAAGUUUUUGACUCAUUGUUUGAUCAGGAUGUUCAUGAAAAUAUAUUCGCUUUAGACAUCGGUAAUUCAUUUGCGAAAUUAGUAUACAAACACGUCUUCCGGUAUAGACCUUCUAUACCCCAGCAAUGUCGUAAAACUCUCAGUGAAAAUGAAAUACCUUUUGAUUUUCAUGAGUACGCAGAACAAGAAGAUGAAGGACAAAAGCUAUGUUUCAUGAGAUUUGAAACUAACAACAUAGAAGAAUGUUUGGAUUUCAUUCUUUUUAACAUUACACAUCAAGGUACUUUAUCCAAAAAGACAAUUAGUAAGAUCAAGACGACUGGUGGGGGUGCUUAUCGCUAUCGUGAACUAAUUUGCCCGAAGUUGAGAGUUGAAUUAAAUAAAGAAAAUGAAAUGGAUUGUCUUGUAAGAGGAUGUGUCAUUACGUUUAGAAAAAUCCCAGAUGAGUUAUUUUAUGAUGACAAACAUGACACUCGAGCUCACGUCUUUGUUCCAAAUUGCUUGGUGAGUACGUUCCCUUUCAUUUUGGUCAAUGUUAAAUCUGCCGUUCGUUUCAUGAAAGUUGAAAGUCCCACGUUUUACCAAAGGGUUGGUGGAAUGUCUAUUGGAGGUGAUACUUUUUGGGGUCUAUGA